GCGUUUUCCUUCACAUCUUCAUGGGACGAUGAGGCACCCACAGAUGGAUGCCAAGCAAAUCGGUUGGUGAUCUUUUUGGUUGGAACAAAUCUCACAUGCUAACACAUCACCACGAGCUUCGCGGUGCGAACUCCGCGUUCGCAAAGUUUGGCUCAAGGACAUCUCGACCUCUCACGCACGCGAAGAAACCCGGAGCACCAUGACGAUCGGUUUCAUCGUCGCAGGAGCGAUCAAGCCUGAGGUUGUUCACUUCGGUGACGAUGGUGACCUACCCCCCUUUGACGAUUCAGAUGAUUGCUUGACCAGUGGAGAAUUUCAACCUGUGGCCAGUCGCGCCACGAGUGAAUUCACGACGACGACGACGACGACGAGAUCGAGCAAGAAGAAAUUGUCCAGGGGUACACGAAAUGCAGUUUGGAUUUGGGAGGGCAUGAGGACCUCUGCCCUCCUGAAACAGCACGUUCGUGAGCUGGGCUUCAGCUUUCCAGGCAUGGAAGUGUGUCCUCUCCAUAUUGCAGCAUACGUGGGAGAUCAUCGAGCAGUCCGUUUUCUUCUGCUUAACGGCUCCAAGCUGCGGCAAAAGAGUCCACGAGGCUUAACCGCCUUGGAGAUGGCAAAGGCGGCGAACCGUGGGGGCUCCCAUGACAAAGUCAUUGCUUUGCUGAAAGCCCACAACUCUAAAGAUGAACUUAUGGAGCAGAUGGCAGAAGAGUCUGAUGCCGAUGAUGGCUUUGCCCGUCAGCGAUCAGUGUGAUUCCCUAGGACCCCACCGUUUAAAGCACCGCAGGUUGCGUUCCUCGGGUCGUUCAUCAAAUUCGCCGUUCACGUGGAAUGGCGGCCACGCUCUUCUCGUGAAGAGCAGCGCCCCAGUCGCCGUGUAGCUCUCCCCUUUGGGGUUUUCCCCGACUCGAAGCAACGCACUUGCGGACUGGUGGUCUGGAGAGGGCAAUUGCAUUGAAAUUUUAAGUAAUUAUUUUUAUCAAGUCCUGCUCAAUGGUCUAGGAACAAGAAGCUACUAGUAAUUAUCUGCAUCAAGUGCUCAAUGGUGUCCGACGUUCUUCAGGUGGUUUUGGUUUGUAGACAGAGACAGACAGACAGACAGACAGACCGACUGAUCAAGUUUAUGUUUGAAGUCCGAUGAGCAUCCUGUGGUUUGGAGACCAGUGACCUCACCCUUGGGCAGGCUUGAUGCCAAUUCGUGCCGUGAGGUGAAGCCUGAGGUUUGGGAUGGUUAGUGAAGUCACUAGAAACAAGUGCAUCGC